AUGUCUUGCGGACCAGUAUGCACCAACCUGGGUCUCAAGCCUGGCCAGCGCCUCACCGUCAAGGGGAGAAUUUCACCAAAUGCCAAGGGUUUUGUGCUGAAUCUGGGGAAGGAUGCUUCCAACGUUGGGCUUCACUUCAACCCCCGCUUUGAUGCUCAUGGUGAUGUGAACACCAUAGUGUGCAACUCAAAGAAGGUGGAAGAGUGGGGUGCAGAGCACAGGGAGACUGUCUUCCCUUUCCAGAAGGGGGGCACCACAGAGAUCACUUUUGCUGUCAACCAAAGUGAUCUGACAGUUCAACUGCCAGGUCACCAGUUCAAGUUUCCUAACCGGCUUGGUCUCUCUGUCUUCGAUUACCUUGAUACACAAGGGGACUUUGUACUCCAGUCCAUCAGCUGGGAAUAGCUUCCCCUGACAGCUCAGUCUCAAUGAU